AUGAACACUGCAUCUCAGGACAAGGGGACGCGCACAAUUCAUAGUGCUGCGUGUUUGAUCAUCGGAGAUGAAGUUUUGGGCGGAAAGACCAAUUCGGCGUAUCUGGCUAAAUGGUGCUUCUCGCUCGGAAUUAACUUGAAGCGCAUCGAGGUCAUUGAAGACGAUGAGAGCGAAAUCAUAGAGGCGGUCCGCCGCAUGAGUGGUCGCUAUGAUCUUGUCGUCACCAGACAUGACGACAUCACCUAUCAAUCCAUUGCCAAGGCGUUCAACUUGCCAUUAAAGCUGCACGACGAGGCUUUUCAAAAAAUGAAGGUCCUUUCCAGACCUGAUACACUGCCACCAAACUUUGACUGGGAAACCGACUCUCCAGCCCUGCAGGCCAAAUUACGCAUGGUCAGGCUCCCGACAGACGAGAGCCGGGACUUGAAGAGUCAGUUCCUCUUUGUGUCGGACAACCUGUGGGUUCCUAUUGCCGUCGUGAAUGGAAACAUUCACGUGUUGCCCGGUGUUCCCUCACUGUUCCAGACACUGCUCGAUGGGAUGAAACCCUUUAUACUCCCGCGGCUGGUCGAUCCCCAAGGCAAAGGAACCUGCAGACUCUUGAUAUCCACCCCGCUGCCAGAAAGCGCGGUGGCGGCUUAUCUUACAAAACUGGCAGCCAGGGUUGAGCCCAAAGGUGUCAAAGUUGGAAGCUAUCCCAGGUGGGGCAAGAAGUGUAAUACCGUCACACUCGUCGGCAGGGAUCAAGCCUUCCUCGAGACUUUGGUUGCCGAGGUUGAAGAGAACGUUCAGGGGCGUCGUGUUAGUCGGGAGGAUGAAGCAGAUGAUUUGUGA